UUGGGAAAAAAUAAUUAACAGGUGUUUUAACACUUUUUUCUCAUAUAAUAUAUAAUCUUAAUUACGAUUAAGCGUAGCACUGGACAACAUCUGUGAGUUUGUAUGUUUUACUGCCACUGUCUAUUUUCCCCAACCUUCUUUCCAAUUCAGAGAUAUCGGAACGAGAACUACCUUCCUAGUGAAGACCCUCUGGACGUGUGUUUGUAUUGCCAGCUGUAUCAUCUUUUUGCCUACUGUAUGCAAUCAUAUCCUCACAAAAUGUCUCUCUGACACUAUUUUCCUAACCCUCACUAUUUUGCAAACCUCUUUUAAUUUCAGGGUUUUCCGGUAGCAGACCACCUCCCUACGAAAGACCUGCUGGACGUGUGUUUGUAUUGCCAGCACUACCUUCUCCUUGUCCUGCAGACCAGUGUGUGGGUCAGCCAGUGGUGUGGAGAGAGGUACUCCCGCAGCCCCACACGCAGUCAAGAGCCCUUACCCCGGCCGUGCUCAGUUAAUAUCCUCUCCAUCAUCAGCCUGCUACAGCUGAGGAUGGCGAUCCCAACGGUCCGCAUUGUAAAUCCAGAUGCCCCUGUUCAUCGUCAGCAGGCCAUACUGGUGGCAACUAAAGAGGCCCGAUGCUACAGGGACAAAAAAAGGUCUUCCCCAAACCUCCACAGGAGCUUCUGCACGAGACCACAGCACUGGCCCAUGCUGAGAAGCUCCUUCGAGCAGAGGGGAUUCCUGCGCCAUCAAAUCAGAUGUGCCUGGGAAGGCUGGUUGUGCCAUUUGGCCAGUACGAGAAUGGCUCUUUCCACUGGCUUGUGGCAAAUGAUGUGGGCUACAUGAAGUAUAUAAUUGACAAGCACAGGGCAGAGGUGGCCGACCCACCGAAAAAGGGGGAGGUACUGAACCGGUGGGUGAAAGACUUCCUCACAGAAUACGCAGAGAGUUUCCCGCCAGUCUCCAUUGUACUCGAGGCUAACAUCGACAGGUGCAUCUAUGGUCAGAGAGGGUUUGAGGAUCACACCUUUAUAGAGAUGUGGGAACUCUACAGGCAGUAUCCUACCCAAAAGGACAGGCCAGAGCAGUUUACUGCUGAUCAGAGGGAGCUCAUUAAAAAGGCAUACACUUCUGUGAGAAGGUGGCUACACACACCAGUGACCCACAUCACAAGUGUGCAGAUGAAGAGGUUCAGGAAGUUUAUUUCUGAUAAGGACCAACAACUGCAGGCAGGCACCUCUAAGUUUGAUCCCUCAUCGUGGCAAGGUGAUGACAUGGAACUGGUUGCUGCUAGCCAGCGUGUGGAAGACUCACUGAAGUCUCAAAAGUCCCCGUCUCGGCCAGAGAACAAGACUAAGAAGACUCGGGAGGCCGCUGUUCGGCCGAAGAGGUCAGAGACUACUGUCCAGCCAGAACAGCCGGAGCCAGCCGCCCUGCCCAAAAAACCUGCACCUCAGAAAAAGUGUCCCAGCCAGUCCACAGAGGUCCCCUCCGCAAGCCAGGCUCAUGCCUGUCCUUUGCCAUCGCAGACUGCGGAAUCCCUUGCAAAAGUGGAGCUGGAGGGUUGGGUGCGUCUGUGGGAAAAGCCCAACGGAAUCCCCCCUGCCGACAUUUCCUGGCUAAAAGAGGACACAGAAAGAGGGCUUUUCACCUCUGUUCAGGUGUACAAGGACAACGCGGGUCUGUUCAAGAGGCGGCGGGUGAUGAGGUCUGACCGCAUGUGGUUUUACCCACCAGAGCCUCCUGGCUACGUCAGGAGUGGUGUGCCAUCUCCACAGCCCUUUUUCCGGAACCGUGUCUUUGUGUGGCGCCCUGUAGGAGUGUGGAGGUACUCCUUGAAGUGUCCUCGAGGGGAUGAGUGUGUGGGAAGAGGACAGAAUGUGUACCUCUACAAGUCUGGCUACCACCACCGGGUAUGACACAUCUGUGACGUGUCCAGCUGGUACACGAUGGUCACUGAAGUCCUGUGCUGUGGGCCAUGUACAAAGGCAGCCAGAAGUGGAGAAGGCAGCGCAUUCGGCCGAUGGCUAGCAUGGGAUUCCGCUAUUGUAACUCAACUCAGCGAGGCUCAUCAGGCCAUGUUCCCUGCCAUCCUCACCAGCAAGCGCGGUGUGGAUAGAAACGUUGUGCGCCUUUUGAGGGACAGAACCGAAGGUAACACGAUGGUCAAAGUGUGGCGGCAGAUUCAAGAGAGUCACGUCGAGGAACACCUUCAGCGUAUGGACCUGUACACCACGCUCCUCAUGACUCUCGUGGAACCCGGAGGGAUCGUCUCUGCAUUAGGGCACACUUUCCAGGCUCCAUCUCCUCAAAGGGAGCUUCCCUCUGCGCGGCUCUUGCGACAUGCCUUCCUGUUGGCAGAGGCUGGUAACGUUCAGGACUACAGGAGCCAGAUCCUCUCCACUUUUGGCACUGUACUGAAAAUGGACUCAACCAAGAAGGUGGUGAAGAAGCUGUCUGGGGAAGGUGCACGCUCUGCCGAGUGGUUCACCAGCAUCGGAAACGAGCAUUCCCAGGUAGUUUCCUUUGUUCUGACUUGCGAGGAGUCUGCUGAGAAGCUGAGUUGGAAGGUUUCGGAUGGC